GGACUUCCCAGUGUUUCAUGGGCAUCGACGGUGUAAGCACGACUGACAAAGUGGCGUCUGUUCAUUUAGCGAAAAAGAUUAAGUUGGAUCGUGGUGUAAUGGGGGGCAAGAGCAAAAAAAGGUCGAAAGGUAAAGCCACCGUGGACGGUGGCAACUCCAAAGGUCAAGCUAGAGAUGACGCAAUAGUGGAAAAUGCGGCUAAAGCGAAGCACCCGCCUAGAAAUCGGUCCCCAGGUGACGUUUCGAUCCAAAAAGAAGUUAAAGAUAACCAUGGUUUUACAAAAAGUGACACGUGGAAAGAUAACACGCGAAGUGAGAAUCGAAGAGAAAAUAAGAAUGGUGGUUUUUACAAACCCAGACAAAGUGAGCCAAGUCGGGGUAAUAGGGAGUAUGAAGGGGAGAGAAGGACGGAUACAAAAAGGUAUUCUUUGAACGAGAACGACCGUGGCAGAGGAAAACCAAGAGAUCAUUCAAAUAACAGAAAAAAAUACCGACCCAAUUUCCACCAAGACAUCGAGUUCCUCCAAUACGAAGAUGAGUUCUUGUCCCACAAGGGCCACAUCGGGGAGUACACCAAAGUCAGAGAAGUCUUCAGCGACCUAUUCGACGCCCCGGAGGACUACUCCUUGGCCCACUGCGUAGCAGAAGACAUGAACAUGGGGAGCGGAAUUGCAGUACAAUUUCGACACAAGUUCAAACGCGUUGACGACCUCCUCAACCAAUAUCAAAGCAAAGGCGGCCUGGCCAUUCUGACGGACAAAGACCGCUACAUCUACUACCUAGUGACGAAGACAUAUUCCACGGGCAAACCCACCUACGCCACCCUUUUCUCCUCACUGAAGUGUCUGAAAAAGCACGUAGUGGAAAAGCGGGUGCAGAAAAUCGCCAUGCCCAGAAUCGGCUGCGGGUUGGACAGGCUCGAUUGGCCCAACGUGAAGUUCAUGGUGGAGUUCGUGUUCAGGGACGUGGACGUGGAGAUCGUCGUCUGCAACCUGGAGCCGACUGAAGAAGCUUCCCCCCAACAAAGACACCGAAACUGCAGAGUCACCCACGAGACGUACGCCAUCGAAACUAUCGACACCGGCACCGUCAUCUUGUACUUCUCCUCUGAAGAUGAACACAUCUCCGACGAAAUGCGCAAGCUCGACGAGAAGUUUCAUUUUCUUUCGGACUUCCGAUACGCCAAGAAAGCCAAAGGGAACGUUAUUUUGAACACUAGGAAUCAAAAUUAUUUGAUUUGUGGCUGCAUUGUCAAGAAGACUGAGCGAGACCCGUUUGAUUUUAUCGCCUUGCAGAAGUGUCUUUCCGCCAUACAGAAAGAAAAUAGGAAAAGUAAAUUUUACUAUUACGCUUUUCAAGCGAUGAGGGAUGAAACUGAUUCUUGCAUUAACUACAAGAUUAUUAAUAUUUUGAGGAAUAGCUUGCGGGAGGUGGAAGUGUACGUUUGCUGGCCUGGGGAUUUGCAGAACGAGAUGGUCCCCAGAGACCGGUUUGUGGAUGAUAAGAGUGACGAGAAGUGGAAGCCAAGAAGAAGAGUUUUGCCAUGAAUUGGAGAGAUGGGGGUGGGGAGAAGAGUUUGCAACGAGAGUGGUGGCAGCCAGACACAAAAUAAGGAAAGUGGGAGGGAGCGAACGACAGCCAGUUGGACGAAUCGUUCGUGAGUUCUGUUUCAAUGGGAGAAGACUUGGAAAGCAACAGUGCUUGGUUCCAAGUAUGGAUGAAAUGUGAAACUGUGUGUGAAUAAGUGGUUGGUUGUUUAAAAGUCGUGUGAAUCAGGUCGUCCCUGAUUGGUAGUUUUUAAAUAAAUAAAUACAUAAACAAAUAAAUAA